UUCCAAACAUUGAGCAGAGCUUCACAUGAAAUGGCAGAGCCUUGCAAUUUACCAUCGCAUAGGUUAUUCUUGUGUCAGGACGAUAGCUGCAAUGAACAAGGUGGUGAUCCCUCUGAGUCUGCUUCCUUCUCAGGUGCAUCCAGCGGGUCCUUGUACUCAUCAGCUUCAAAUCUGUCUGAUGAUGCAGCAUCAUGCCCAUCUGGUCAUCCCCAUGACUAUGAGCCAUCCUCAGCAUCUUCGAGCACUUUGCAGCUGGAUGACGAGGGUCCAGUAUAUGAUUUGUCCUCGCUGCUAGCCCAGCUUCCAGUCAGGAAAGGGCUGUCCAAGUACUACCAAGGAAAGUCCCAAUCAUUCACAUCAAUAUCUGAUGCUACAUGUGUUCAAGACCUUGCAAAGAAAAUCUCAUACAGUAAGAGGAUGAAGGCAUGUAAAAGUUAUUCAGCAGGAUUAGACAUGAAGCAACGGUCAAACAACUUACCAAGGCCAUGCAACAAGGUGAUAGCAAAGAGGGCCUCAAAUGGUUCAGCUGCGAGAGUAAUGUCAAGAACUAGCAACAACAGACACUCAUAUAGUGGCAGCAAACCAUCUACACACCAGAACAAGAGAGAUGCACAAAUACAUAUUGGUCUGUAAAUAAGAAAAACCUGGAAUAAAUAAGAACUAGGGUGCCAACUGCCAAGUCUCCACUUCCCAUUGUGCUUUACACAUGAAAACUCAAACUAUAUAUCCUUCUAGGAUCAAGAUAUUUUCUUUUAUCCCCCGUUUCUUGAUCCAUGUGAAGGUCAAACCUUUUGAUGGAUAGAAUGAGAAAGGGUGAAUCAUAAUCAACAAGACUUAAGAUGGCAGAAAAUACAGUUAUCUUUAUCACAAUGCCUCCAUUGAAUUCCUACUCAUCAAUCUACACUCCAGUAUUUUUUUUUCAUAAUAAAUAAAUAUCCACCACGUGGAGGAGCCAUUUACACAUUUAACUGAGUAACAUUUAACAAUGGUACAGAAAACACAAAUCUACAAAAUUCUAAGGAGAGUCAAAAUUGUCAUGAACUGAUGAAUAUGACUUUGCUCACAUGGCUGUGGCUCAUUCCAUUCUCUUUUUCAUGCAUCUCAACAAAGGAUCUGUUCAGAUUUCAGAAGACAACCGUGGAGUAUGUUAUCUAAACUUAAACAAAAGCAAGUUCACACUGAAGUUGCACACUUUACAUUAAAAACUCGCAUUACCUGAAUGAAAUAUUUAGGUUGCCAUUCAGCGCCCCCUCCUAAUAUAAAAACUUCCAAAGUGGUAAUUAUGUAUCUUUGGUGCAUGACAUGCAUACGGUUGCUUCUUUAACAUCUAAUGCUCCGAAUCGCCAUGUUUUUUCUUAAGAAAGUUCCAGUAAUGUUUUCAGUUGAAUCACAUAUUGCUCAGCCAUCUUGUAUAGUCUCCAACUAUGUCAAGAUCACACUGGAGACAUGUAUUCAUAUGAAAACUGUAAUGUUAGCACUUAGCAUUUUUUAAA